GCUGCAAGUGCUGGAGCUCAAACACUCCUGCGCCCCUCCCCUGUGUGGCAGUCACUUUCCCUGGACUCACAAGAAUGGCGAGCGACAUGAUCGUGUACUGGGGCUCGGGCAGCCCGCCGUGCUGGCGCAUCUUGCUGUGCCUGGAGGAGAAGGCGCUGCAGGGCUACCAGCAGAAGCUGCUCUCCAUGGAGAAGCAGGAGCACAAGAGUGCAGCUGUGAUCGAGAUCAACCCCAGAGGACAGUUGCCCGCCUUCCGCCACGGGGAACACGUGAUCAACGAGUCUCUGGGGGCAGUGCUCUACCUGGAGAACCAAUUCAAGGCACAGGGGACGAAGCUGAUGCCAGAGGCGGCAGCAGAGCAGGCCGUGGUGCUGCAGCGCAUGUUCGAGGUCCCAACCCUCCACCAGAAGAGCGUGAUUGUGAUCAUGUACACAUGGAUAGUACCAGAGGCAGAGCGGCACGAGUCUGCUGUAACACGAAACAAGCAGGCUCUGGGUGAGGAGCUAAAGCUUUGGGAAGGAUACCUUGCGAAGUUGGGCUCCGGAUCCUACAUCGCUGGGAAGAACUUCACCUUGGCUGAUGUCGUCUUCUUCCCUAACCUGGCAUUCUGCUUCAGAUUUGGGUUGUCUGUUGACAAGUACCCUCACCUGAGUGCCUACUACAGCCUGGUGAAGGAGCGUCCCAGCGUGCAGGCCUCCUGGCCACCCCACUGGAAGGAGAGUGACGGGGCACAGGAAGUGCUCAAGGACAUCUAGAUGUGAUCUGUGUCACUCGCUUAAGCCAGCACUAAUAUGGUCAAUACUUUUUCCCCAAAUGUUAUUUUGACCUGUCUACAUGACACAUGUAAACCAAUAAACUCUUUUCUGAAUG